AUGCAGGAGAGCACGGCGCCCAGCUCGGUCCAGUACUUGAGCCAGACCGAGCUAGGUGCCGUGCUCUCCUGCAUCGACCACUACUCGUUGUCGAUAAGCAGUGCAGCAUACCUGCUGGCCGGCAUGGCGGACCUCGGGCACCUCCCCGUCCCUGUUCGCCGCACGCGCCCCGUGUUCGACACCCCACGGGUUAGCAUCACCGUCACGGGCGCCAUCGCGCUGGGCAUGUCCUUCCUGAGCUUCGACAGCAUCGUGGUGGUCACCAACUUCCUGUACAGCCUCGGGAUGCUCCUAGAGUUUGCGGCCUUCGUCUGGCUCCGCGCCAAGCGCCCGGACAUGCCGCGGCCCUACCGCGUGCCGUCGGCGUUCCUAGUGCUUGUCAUGGCCGUCGCCGGGUGGAAGUUAGCUUCUAAUUACGCAGUUUCAGUUAGUAAUUUCAGUAUGGAAGCAAGAGAAGGUACUGCUACUGCUACUGAUCUGUUGAAGGUACACAUAGAAAUGGUUAUUCUUGGCUGGAGCUAUGAUGUUGUGUCGAAUGAAGUUUUGGACAAGGGCUCAGAUCAAGUCUUCUGUUAUCUGUUAGCUAUCUAG